CAGCAAUGAAGGGCCUGAGCCGGCUGCUCCGCGCCGGGGAGGAUGCCGCGCAGGGAGCCGUGGCAGUGAGCCACGAGGGCCUACUGCCAGAUGAGAGAGAAUUUCAAUAUGCUGCUAAAAUGAACAAUUUGGAUACCAUGGAAAAGCUAUUUAAAAAGAAUGUUGACAUAAAUGCUGUAGAUACUCUGAAGCGCACAGCAUUCCAUUUUGCUGUUGCGGGAGGCCAUGUGUCUGUGGUGGAUUUUCUUCUUCAUCACAAAGCUAGGCUUGACAUGGCAGAUCAGCACGGCCUGACAGUAAUUCAUCUUGCAGCCUGGACUGGAAAUCUGGAUAUAAUGCGAAAAUUAGUUAAAGCAGGUGCUGAUCAAAAGGCUAGGAAUGAGGAAGGAAUGAAUGUACUGCAUUUUGCAGCUCAGAGCAACAGCAUUAAAAUAGUUGAUUAUUUCCUCCAAGAUCUUCAUCUGAAUGACUUGAACAAACCUGAUGGGAAAGGUAAAAAGCCAUUUCUUCUGGCCUCUGAAAAAGGCCAUGUUGACAUGAUAAAAAAUUUGAUUGCUCUGAAGCUAUUUACAUCUGAAAAAGAUGAGGAGGGAAACACAGCAUUGCAUUUAGCAGCCAAAAAUGGUCACAAUGAAGUUGUGGAAAUUUUGCUUGAACAAUGGGAGGAAAUAAAUGACCUCAAUCAGCUGGAACAACCUGGGCAAGGUAAUUUCCUUUGUUGUGGGCUGGAAUGCCCACUGUGGGAACCUGCCAUGUGGCUGAUGAUUUGUUCUGCUGGGCCACGGGGCAGAAUGAGUAACACCUACCCAAGGCCCCCCUCUUCAUUUAUCAGUGACAGACUGAAUGGAGAAACUCCAUUUUACUUGGCUGUUGAAGGAGGUCAUGAAAAAUGUGCUGAACUCUUACUGGAGGCUGGGAGUGACAUUAACAUUUCGACACAGAACAAUAGCAGUGCUUUGCAGGUUGCAAUUCAGAAUGGACAUCUAUCCUUGGUUACUUUUCUUAUUGAUAAGAAUAUUGACCUGGUUCCUAAACCUGAGCAGAAGAAUUCCCCUCUCCAUUUAGCAGUUCUCAGGAAUAAUCUACCAGUAGUAAAAAGCCUUUUGGAUGCCAAUCACAACAUAAACUCCUUAAAUCACAGGCAGGAAACCCCUCUACAUCUGGCAGCUGAUCUUGGCAAUGUGGAGUUGGUAGAAGUCCUGCUCAAGUCAGGCUGCAAUCUCAAGACCAUGGAUAAGCAUGGGAAGACUGCACUAGCCAUAGCAUCAAGGAGCCAUCAUGCCCUCAUUGUAGAUAUGAUCAUUAAAGCAGAAAGGUAUUUUGCCAUGAAACAGACACAUCUAGCUCAUAGUGGUAAUGGGUCAGACUUCAGCGUGUCCUUCAAACAAGAUCACAGCACACAGACCAAGCAAAUCCGUUCCUGCCUUUGGAAUCUAGCAUACAACCAGUUAAAACCCCGUGAAUGGAAAAAACUGGCUAUGUUCUGGAGGUUCACAGAUGAACAAAUUAAAGCUAUUGAAGAACAGUGGACAGGGAAAAAAAGUUACAAGGAACAUGGGAACAGAAUGUUGCUCAUCUGGUUACAUGGUACACUGCUGGCUCAUCAGAAUCCUGUUAAACACCUAUAUGAAGAUCUGGUGGAAGCAGGACUUCAGCCUUUAGCUGAGAAGAUCAGAGCUUCAAUUAGCAUUGGCAUGGACUCCAGGAAAUGUGUCACUUCAUGAGUUUGUCAACAAAACAUGGCAUAUAUGAUGGAAUUACAUGCCGGAUGGAAGGUGGCUUUCAAAUAUCUUUUUGGGAAACAAAACCCAUGUUUUGAACAACUUUUUCCACCCUAGAAGAACUUGCACUCCUAAAAUGGUUACUUUUUUCUCAAAUACUUGCUAAAUAGAAAUGUAAAAAAUUUAAGAACAAAUGGCUGACUGGUAGCUUAUAACUGGUAAGCAAGAUUCACCACUUAAAAUUUCUACACCUGACUUAACUGCAAAUUAAGCCACUUUGCAUUUGAUGUGAAAUGCUUUCUACAUGAAAAAAAUAAAUUUAGUAAGUGAAAGUUAUGUGUAUAAAUCAAUUAACACUUGGUAAAUAAGUUGGCAUCUGGCCUUAUUUGGGAUUCAGAUUUUUAUAAAUUCUUGCUAGGAUUAUGACAAAUCUUUCCACUGCAGCAUUUGAUUUAUGUAGUGAAGAAACACAAAAAUGUCAUGUGUAAACACCAUGGGUGGCUGGCUGCAGAAUUUUCUACCAUGGCAUAACACUGUAUACAUACCCUCAAAGGAGCAUUUGAUAAUUAAUACUUCAUACAUCUAGCAAUUAUUUACUUAUUUCUUGGUUUUAUCUUGAAUUAAUACUUGGCAGUGUCCUGCUGAAUAUGUUUAAAGGUUUUCUUAUUACCGAAUAUAUUUAAUAUCUGAAAAAUUAUGUAAAUGUCUAUCUUAGUGAUCUUCUUUAUAACAUAGCAAUAGUUUUAUCAUGUAAUGGAGGAGUUGAAUUGCAUUUCCUUUUUGCAUAUAGUUAGCAUUAUUUUGUGCUGAAUUCUACUGCUUGUAUUAAAAAGGUGAUCUGUAUCUUAGUCUGAAGUCUUAUUCCAAACUGCCCUCCUGUUUGCAACCUUCUUUGACUCUGCUGCAGAGCAUCCCAGGAAUAUGAAGAAUAGACCACUAAAUAGUAAGGUUUUGGAAUUAGAGAUUUAAAGUACAGAUGCUUGGAACCCUACAGUAUUCAUCAAGUUCUGCAACAUUAGCUUGCAAAAUGAAAAUGUUUAAGAAUUUGAUGGACUGGGUACCUCACCUAGCCUAAAUUGGACCCUGGGUGUGGAGGAUGCUACCCUGCUGUUCUCCAUUUAAAACAGUGUUGCAGCAUAUAAUUAAGGUGCAUGUCAGCUAUAUUUCCGUGCAUAAACAACUAAAAGUAUUUGUAAGAAAAAAAAUUAAUUUUCUCUUGAACAUAGAUAUUAGUAUCAUUGGGAUUAAACAAGAGAUUCAGACAAAAAUCACAUUAUAUCCUUUAUUUAAAAAGUGCACUAAAGACUCUGUAAAUAAAAAGUGUUUGUCUUAAAAAUAAAAGUUUGGAGGUAGAACAACAGU